CAUAAAACUGGACCGAUGCAUCCCUAAAUUUAACCAAAACAGUUUUAAAAAUAAGCAAGAAUACAUGAUACUUGUUCUUACCUUUGAGAAUAUUUUGACAGCAAUCAACACCGGCUAAUACUACUGUCCCUCUUGACUCUUCUGAAUCAUUGUUUAAGGCAUUAUUCAUUGCCUGUUGGGCAUGAUUGACCCCAAAUCGUUGCAUUUUAUUAAUAUGAAAAAUCUUAUGAGUCAGUUGUACUCUCAAACUAGAGUUUGCAUCAUUUUGGAAAUUCUCAAAAACCAUGGACCUAAAACACAUGAAUUUGCUUCCUUACCAAAUUACUUGCUUUUACGGUUGUGUGCUGCUGCUACUACUACUACUGACAUUAGCCCCAGCCCAAAACACGACUAGUAGCACCAGCAUCAAAGCUGCCAAUACAACAAAACCAGGAUGCCGUAAGAGGUGCGGGAACGUAACAGUUCCAUACCCAUUUGGUAUUGGCUCAGAUUGCGCCAUUAACUCAGGGUUCGAGGUCAUCUGCAACGUUUCGACUGAUGGUACUCAGAAACCUUUAAUAGGAAGCAUUGAGGUGUACGACAUCUCUGAUGCUGAAUUGCGCGUCAAAAAUGCCAUCGCUUGGAGAUGUUACAACGAAAAUGGAUCUAUGUACAGUGAAAAUCUCAAUUGGAUGUAUUUGGGGGGCUCAAUUUAUCCCUAUAGUUUCUCUGCAAGGAACAUGUUUAUCUUGGUCGGUUGUGAUGACAAUGCCCUCAUCACGGGCCCAAACUUUGGGUAUAACUGCUCCACCAGCUGUACCAGCUCGAACGACGUGAUUGAAGGAAAAUGCAUGGGUAAUGGCUGCUAUCAGGUGCAUUUACCCAGGGGCUUUAAAAACUUUACACCAACUAUUUCUAGCACACGAAACCACACGGAUGUUUGGGAUUUUAAUCAAUGUGGGUCUGCAUUUCUAGGCGAGGUAGAUCGAUUCCAUUUCAGGGGCCUAGAGGAUGUAAGUAAUGUUACUACCUUUUAUAAGAGUAUUAUGGCUAGUGUGCCCAUUGUGCUCGACUGGGCCAUCGGGGAUUUCACAUGCACACAAGCGCAAGAUGGCAAGGAUUAUGCUUGCAAGGAAAAUAGCGAGUGUGUUGAUUCAGAUGCUGGUUUUGGUGGCUACCGCUGCAGCUGUAAACCAGGUUUUCAGGGCAAUCCAUAUCUCACUGCAGGCUGCCAAGGUAGGACGAUUAACACAGUUUUUCAGGGCAAUUCAUAUUUCAUACAUGGAAAAGAUCAAGGCAAACCUUUUACACCAAUGAAGUCUGCUUAAUUCUCCAUUUGAUCAAUUGAAAUGCUUUGAUAUAAGUUAUACCAGCGUUCUACUUAUUUGGUUUUUCCAGAUGUUGAUGAAUGUUCUGAUCCAAGCGCCAAUACGUGUGAAAAGAACUGCACAAACACCCCAGGGAGUUUCUAUUGUUCUUGCCCCGAUGGAUAUACCGAUGAUGGCAAAAAGGAUGGUCGUAGUUGUAUUCCUCCCUACACUGAUCAUCAGUCGCUAUGGACCAAGUUCUCUCUAGGUAAAUAUCUUGGAAAAUUUUCAUAACCGCAAUACUCCCUCCCUUCCAUUUUAUCUCAUGUUGUUUGACCAGGCACAAAGUUUUGGAAAGAGACAAUGUCUGGGAAGCUUGGAAGUCUAUUUCAAACUAUUUUUUGCUCACUGAUAAUUACUUUAUUUAUCCAAAAUUUGAAUAAUACAUUUUUCUCUUAUAUAACAGUAAAUCAUAUCCGCACCACAUAAGUGACAAAACAGUA